UGGAUAGGAAUGAGAGAGAGGGAGUUAAAAGCCGCUUCCUUUUCUACUGCCAAGAGCUAUUAAGCUAGGAUAUUUUUGCUGAUGCUCUUGUGCUUAAGUUUGUGUGUCUAUUGUUUUUUUCCGUGGUUCUCAUUAUUCAUCAAGAUGAGCAGCUUCAAGUAAUAUUUGUUUUUGAAAACCAAGGAAAGGAAUUUAGUAUCUAUCUUUCUUUUUGUAACCAUCUUGACAAGAACCUUUCAAAACCGCAUUUUCUCAACUGACAGACUUGCAGGGUGUUGAAAAAAUGGCAGGGAAAGAAGUAUUGAUUGUCUAUGCACACCAAGAGCUCAAAUCUCUGAAUGGUUCAUUUAAAACCUUGACAGUGGAAGAACUGAAGAAGGAAGGCUGUACAGUCACUGUUUCAGACUUGUAUGAAAUGCAAUUUGAGCCAAGAACAACUAGGAAAGAUAUAGUUGGUGAAUUAUACAAUCCUGAUCAUUUUAAUUAUGGAAUUGAGGCCUGGAAAGCUUAUGAAAAUGGAUGUCUGACUGAAGAUUUGAUUGAGGAGCAAAAGAAAGUCAACAAAGCCGACUUGGUGAUUUUCCAGUUUCCUUUAUAUUGGUUCAGCAUGCCAGCCAUCCUGAAGGGCUGGAUGGACAGAGUCUUAGUCCAAGGAUUUGCUCAUGAUUUCCCAAAGUGUUAUGAUUCUGGUUUACUCAAGAAUAAAUUAGCUUUACUUUCAUUUACCACUGGAGGAGACGAAGAAAUGUAUUCAAGGAGAGGACCCAGUGAUAAUAUCCGUUACCUUCUCUGGCCCAUGCAGCAUGGAAUCUUACACUUCUGUGGCUUCAGUAUCCUUUCCCCUCAGAUCUGCUUUGCCCCUGAGUAUGUGACAGAAGAGAAAAGACAACAGAUGUUGACUUCAUGGCUCAAACGGCUACAGACCAUUUGGGAGGAGAAACCUAUUAAUUGUGUGCCAGAAUGGUACUUUGGGGACAUUUGAAAAUGGAGCAGGGAGAUGAAUACAAAAAGAUGAAAGUAUUUUCUGAAACUCUGACCCACAGAUAUUUGUUUCUGUAAUUUCCCUAUCCAUCUUGGGCUGUACACAGCCAGUUAAUUAAAUUAAAUUGAAUUGGAGACUGAGUAU